UGAGAGACCCCACUUGUAGCGGCAAACGGCCUUGGUUUGAUUCUCCGCAGCAUGGCACCCAACCGUGACAACCGUCGCCGUGACCGCAGCAGAAGCGACCGAAGAAACCGCAACGGUGCCUCUGGAAAAACGCAACAAGAUGAUCGCGCGAAGCAGAGGUGUAGUAGCAGCAGCAGCCCUGCCAAGGCCGUCCCAGCUCCGGCUGAAACGAAGCCGGCGAAGAAGACCAUCGUGGAAACGGCCACGGUGCGCUUUGAGAAGCGGCCCUUUGGCAUGGCUCCAGCGAAGGAGGAGAAGGGCUACAUGGUCGAGAAGGUGGCGGAAGGCAAACCUGCAGCUGAGGCCGGUGUGGACGUUGGGUGGCGCGUCCUGAAGGUGUCGGGGCAGGAUUGCAGUCAGAAGUCGUCGGCAGAGAUUCAGGCGCUCCUGAAGGAGGUGUCACUGCCGGUGGAAGUCCAAUUUCAGAAGCCGGAGGAGGAGGCGCUACCCAGCAGUGAAGAGGAUGAGAACAACAUUCAAAAUGUUCGUGCAGACCAUCGGAGACAACAUGAGGCUGCCUUGUCAAACAUCGACGAUCUGCCAGUGCAUCGGGACCCCGAAGAACUUCCAGAACCGAUUGCGUCCUGGCGUGAUGCUUGUGAGAGAAAACUUUUGAAUGCCUCCUUAGUCCAUAAACUGCAUGCAGCUGGACUGAAACGGCCCACCCUGAUCCAGCGCCAUGCUGUGCCAAUCGUGGGACACCAGGAACACUACGACCUGGUGGCACAAGCUCAAACAGGCAGUGGCAAAACCUUUGCCUUUGUCAUCCCUACGAUCGCCCGCUUGCUGUUGCGUGGUUGUCCAGCAAGACCUUUCUUUGCCGGGCCAACAGCACAGGGCUGCCCAGUGGUCCUGGUCCUAUCUCCUACCCGGGAACUGGCAAUCCAGACCUGCAGUGAGAUGGAAGUCAUGACCAAAGGGUCCAAGUUGACUCAGAUGAGCAUCUACGGUGGGGAAACCAUCAAAGAAAGCGCCAAACGCCUGGAAACUGCGCCCAUCGACAUCAUUUGUGCCACACCUGGUCGUCUCAUAGCACUGCUGGACGAGACAAAGAUUUCUCUCGCGUAUGUACAGACGGUGAUUUUGGAUGAGGCGGAUCAGAUGUUGGAGCAACGACUGGAGAUCAUGUGCGCGGAUAUCUUGGUGGGCCGAGAUAUGCCAGCACCAAGUUCGGGGCGACAGACACUGCUGUUUAGCGCGACCAUCCCACAGAAGAUCAAAGACAUGUGUCCACAGAUUCUGCGGGAGAAGCGCACUGCCCAUCUGACAAUUGGCUUCUACGAUGAUGACAAGGGUGGCUCCUGUGACAGCAUCACUCAGCUCUUGCGGUGGUCACCUGACGAGAAGGAUCGCAUCGGGGAACUCAUUCGAGACCUUCAGACCUACUGGGACAGGAAGAAGGGCCGUGUGGUGAUCUUUUCGAAUCUGCGGCUGACAGCUGACAGCUUGGCUCAUCAGCUGAAGCGUGAGGGGAUGACCUGUCGCCACCUGCAUGGCAAGUUGGACCAGGAAGUGCGAGAAAAUGUCUUUGACGGAUUUCGCCGAGGCGACUUCGACAUCUUGGUGGCCACCAACGUCGCGUCGCGCGGCUUGGAUUUUCCAGACGUCUCCUUGGUAGUCCAAUUCAACCUACCCGACAACAUUGACGUCUACACCCACCGUGUGGGGCGAACUGGUCGCAUCGGCCAGGUGGGUCAUGCCUUGGCUUAUCUGGGACCGAAGGAUAAGAAGAUCGCUGCGAAAUUGGUGGAGUUUCUGGAGCUCAACAAACAAAAUGUGCCGGACUACUUACGGGACAUGGCCAUCAAAGCUGAGACCUUGAAACAUCGCUACUGAUGGAAAUUGAUCCAUUGAAAGCGGCGAAGAUCAAUGAGUCAAAA